UCGUAAAGAUUUCUGUCAUUAUGUCAAAAUGGCAUGCUUACGGCCAGUAGUUAAGCAGUUGAGAAUAAGUUGCACAAAUUUUCAAUUAAAAAGACUUAUAAUGACUUCAAGUUCAGAUUUAAAUAAAGCUGUUGAUGAAUUACAAAAAAAUCCGUAUUUCGAUAAAUACGCGCAAAAGAUUGCUAAAUUACAACAAACUUCACCCGAAGAAUUUUUAAAUAGAAUCGAACAGAAAAUGCUAAAAGAAAAGGCUGAUAAAGAGAAUGCAAAAUUAAAAGAAAGACAAUUUUCGUCAGUACUCAACCCUAAACCAGACAUUACCUCAAAUGAGUCAAAAGUAGAAACAAAAAAUUUAGAAGAUAUUAUGAAAAUAGAAUUAAUAAAAGAUAAAACAUCGGAAGAAAUCGCAGAAAUUUGGAAAAAAUAUCAUUUAACAAAAGAUGCAAUUUCAGCUGUUAUACAAAAAGAACAAUUUGGACAGAUACGUGAAAAUAUGAAAAAACACCCAAUCUUUAUAUUCCCAUUACCUCGUAGUCAGGGAUAUGAAUUUAUUAUGUGUCAAUUUUCUGGUACAAUUGCACACUUCACCCCAUUAAUUUGUUAUCAGGUUCAUAAAGAAAAUGCUCCAGAAUGUUUAACUCUGGUUCAUUAUACAGAAUUAGAAGCGGAUAAAGGUAUCGUAUUAAUGAGAGGCGAAUUUGAUAAAAAUGUAAUUGAUACUAAAGAGGCACAAUGCUUAGCAAAUCAAUUACAAUUGUAUUAUGGGCAAAAUGAUGAAGAACGUUUGAAAAUUCUAGAAACAUUUACACAUAAACCUGAUGAAUUUAAGCAUAUGAGCUUAAUCAAACAACUUGAAAACUUACAAUUAGUCUAAUUACUAUGUGAUAUUUAUUAGAUUUUUAGAAUUAUAAAGAUUUAUGCAA